CCCUCCGCGCGCCUGAGGCCUUUUGCGCGCGCGCAGUGAGGGAGCCGCGCCGCCCCCUCCGGCUUCUCUGGGCUGCUGAGGAGGCGGGAAAGCGAGGGAGAGCGGCGGCCGCCGCCGAGGAGAAGGGGUGGGGGCGCUCCGGCCCCUCACAGGCAGGCCGCGGCGCAUCCCAAUUCGGGAUCCCGACUGAGGUGUGUCGUGUAUAUAGUCUCUGGCCUUCUGGCUGGCAGGCAUAUUUGGUCUGGAAGUAAAAAUUCUGCCAAAUGGACAAUAUGUCUAUUACUAACACGCCAACAAGUAAUGACGCUUGUCUGAGCAUUGUUCACAGUUUGAUGUGCCAUCGACAAGGAGGAGAGAGCGAAACAUUUGCAAAACGAGCAAUUGAAAGCUUAGUAAAAAAAUUAAAAGAGAAAAAAGAUGAAUUGGAUUCUUUAAUUACAGCUAUAACUACAAAUGGAGCUCAUCCUAGCAAAUGUGUUACAAUUCAGAGAACAUUAGAUGGCAGGCUCCAGGUGGCUGGUCGUAAAGGGUUUCCUCAUGUAAUUUAUGCACGGCUAUGGAGGUGGCCUGAUCUUCACAAAAAUGAACUCAAACAUGUCAAAUAUUGCCAGUAUGCUUUUGACUUGAAAUGUGACAGUGUAUGCGUAAAUCCAUAUCAUUACGAGCGUGUUGUGUCACCUGGCAUUGAUCUUUCAGGAUUGACUCUGCAGAGUUCUGCACCCUCAAGUAUGUUGGUGAAAGAUGAAUAUGUACAUGAAUUUGAGGGGCAGCCAUCACUGUCAACCGCUGAAGGCCAUUCUGUUCAGACUAUCCAACAUCCACCAAGUAACAGGGCAUCUUCUGAAUCUUACAGCACCCCAGCCAUGUUAGCUCCUUCAGAGUCUAGUACCACCAGCACCACCAACUUUCCCAACAUUCCUGUUGCUUCCACAAGUCAACCUACCAGUAUGUUGCCAGGUAGCCACAGUGAUGGACUCUUACAGAUUGCUUCAGGGCCUCAGCCAGGGACACAGCAGAACGGCUUUACGGCUCAGCCAGCUACUUACCACCACAAUAGCACAACAACUUGGACUGGGAAUCGACCUGCAGCCUACACACCUACCAUCCCACACCAUCAGAACGGACACCUUCAACAUCACCCGCCUAUGCCCCAUCCUGGACAUUAUUGGCCAGUUCAUAAUGAACUUGCAUUCCAACCUCCUAUAUCAAAUCAUCCUGCUCCAGAGUACUGGUGCUCGAUUGCCUAUUUUGAGAUGGAUGUGCAAGUUGGUGAAACAUUCAAAGUCCCUUCGAGCUGUCCAAUUGUUACGGUCGACGGAUACGUGGACCCUUCAGGUGGUGACCGCUUUUGCCUUGGUCAGCUCUCCAACGUUCAUAGAACAGAAGCCAUUGAGAGAGCAAGGUUGCAUAUAGGUAAAGGUGUGCAGCUGGAGUGUAAAGGUGAAGGUGACGUCUGGGUUCGGUGCCUCAGUGACCAUGCAGUCUUUGUUCAGAGUUACUAUCUAGAUCGAGAAGCAGGACGUGCGCCAGGCGAUGCAGUUCACAAAAUUUAUCCAAGUGCAUAUAUAAAGGUGUUUGAUUUACGCCAGUGUCAUCGUCAAAUGCAACAGCAGGCUGCUACAGCACAGGCUGCAGCUGCUGCUCAGGCUGCUGCAGUUGCAGGAAACAUCCCUGGGCCAGGAUCUGUAGGGGGAAUCGCUCCAGCCAUCAGUUUGUCAGCUGCUGCUGGAAUUGGUGUGGAUGACCUUCGGCGCUUGUGCAUCCUUAGAAUGAGUUUUGUCAAAGGUUGGGGACCAGAUUACCCAAGACAGAGCAUUAAAGAGACACCAUGUUGGAUUGAAAUUCAUCUGCAUCGCGCCCUCCAGCUCCUAGACGAAGUACUUCAUACCAUGCCUAUCGCAGAUCCCCAGCCGCUAGACUGAGGCCUUGCUGCUGUUAGCUGUUAAAGAGUGAGGAUGGUGGGUUGUAAAAUACCGUUUUGUUUAUUACUGGAAGAUAUAUUUUACUUCCAUUCUGCUUAAUCUCUUAACCAGGUUUUAAAGAGAAAAUGUCUUUGCCACCUUGCUCUCAGCAGAAAGAAUGUGGACUUGCAGCAGUUCUGAAUAAGUCCACACCUUCAGGCUUGUUUUUGUAGUUGCGGGAAGCUGACACCAGCAAGCAAACUUGAUUGUGGUCUUGGCGUGAUCACGGCUGUGUCUGCUCCUUGGAAACCUCACUUGGAUCGAUUGAGCCCCCCAAUUUUUCAUUGAGGCAUGGAUUCUGUCACCUUGAAUAAUCCUAUGCGUUUCAGAGAGCCUGGAGGUGGGGUUCCGCUUACACAGUUUAUUCACCCUGUCCUUAGUUGAAUCCACCCCAAAUGAGCAAAAUCAUGUUGAUUAUUCUAAAGGGAGGAUUUGAGUGCUCUGCUCUGCUACAGCACCAGGGCAUGUCUCGGACGGAGGCAUUUUUAUGCAAGAUACUUAGGUAUGCACGUUAUUUUAAAAUACGCUAAACGUAGCUGGGCUUCAAACCUGGCGCUAAAUCUAAAUGCAAGAUGAAAUAUUCAACAAGGAGAACUGCCAGCUAAAUUAUAUAGCAAAUGCCUAAUGACAGGAACAUAUCUUCAUCAGUUUUCCCAAAUGAUUUUAACUACAGUAACUUGGCCAGUUGAGAUAGCAUGAAAUGGUGUUUUACUGAACUUGGUGUGCCGUCUUAAACCUCAUAAUCAUGUUUACCGUUGCAUCACUCAGAAUCCAGAUUUUUGUAUCUUCCAAAAUUUCUACUCAGGGCAAGAUGGCAAACUUGUUUUUAUACCUCUUGGUUAUUUUAAGCUCUUUAUCCCAUCAACGAUAUAUCUAUUUGCAUUGACUUUGUAUAGAGAAUUUCAAGUAGAAGUUGCAAAUGUAUUGGCUGUAUGACAGAUGCAAUAUUAUGCUUUCUCUAGUUAAUA